UGGAUAUUUUACGGCUCAACAUGGAAUCGUCCGGCGUGCUAGUCGCUGUAAAGGAGGACUGAUUCUUAAAAAAAGCAUUUCAUAAACGUUUCACUCCCGUUCAGUAUUGUUUUAUCUACCAGCAUGUUCCCUCAGUAAAAAUAUUUAAGUUUUUACAUUCACAGUCUAUUUUAUUUGAAUGGGAUAAAUGGCCAGUGGAACCAUGGGGCUGCAAUCUUUGCAACAACUGAUCGAGUCUCAGUUUGCUGGGGCUUGUGUUUCUGUGGAUUUGCUGAGGAUUGCUUCCUCAGUUGCCAGCCCCUAUCAAGGGAGAGUAGCUCUAAGCCUGGUUGUUGAUGCAGAAUGCUGCCUUGACAGAUUAUACGGUGGCUAUGUUUCAGAUUGGAUUUGUGGAGGCCAAUGGAAUCGCAUGCUGCAAUUCUUAGCUUCUCUAGUUCAGACGUUGCAUGCACACAAUCUUCAUUUGGCUGUCUUUUUCAAUGGCUCUUUGGAGCCGCCCCGUAUGCAUGAAUGGGUCAGGAAUCAGCUUGCUGCCCGAAGCAAUAUUUAUCAGGUGUUACGCCAUUUACAUACCAAAGGAACUCCGCCACCGAAGGUCUGGUGGGUACCUCCAUCCACACUCAGGACGGCUUUACGUCUCGCUCUACGUCAUUUAAAAAUCGCUGUGCUGAGCAGUGUUGAUGAUCAUCAUCAAGAAGUGAUAGGAUUCUGUCGUGAUAAUCAUUUUCAUGGCAUUUUGGCCGAAGAUGCCGAAUAUGCCAUCUUCGAUCCGCCCAGAUAUUUCUCUUCCAAGCAGUUAAAACUCACAUACAAAGGUUCAUUGGAAACGAAAGAAUUUAUUUUGGACGAAGUAGCCAAGGGUUUGAAUCUGAAUCCUAACAGGUUCUGUGUAUUAGCAGCGCUAUUGGGCAAUUUUCUGCUCACCGAUGCUGAUUUGAGAGAAUUCCACAAACGGAUAUGUGAAGAAUAUCAGACGCCAUUGAAUCAACCGGAAGGAGUAAUACGCGCCGUGGCAUCAUUCGUUCGCGAACUGCCUUCCAAUUAUAAUUUGGAGAGUGUUGGAGCCAAAGUGUUCAAUUCGACUACUGAUGGUCGAGUUAAUCGUUUCAAGCAAGCAGUUAAUUAUUUUUUGAAUGGGACGCGUGAUCAGUACGGACGGCAUAAAAAUUCUACGCUGUUGAGGCAGCAUAAUCAUCAUCAUGAGGGGAAACAAAAGCAUGGUAAUGUGACCCAUGAAAGCAAAGCCAGGAAACUGGCUUCUGAAGCGGCAGAUGAGGAGCAAAACGAAAUUCCUGAUGCAGUUCCUUCCUCAGGCGAUCAACCUCCAGAAGAGGUUAUUGAAAACGGAGGAUACGUUAACGGAGGUUCACAGCCUCAAGGUAGUAGCAGCGGAAGCAGUUCGGGUGCAACAUCUCCCCACCGUGAACGUGAAGUAUGGGGAGGGCCAAAGUCUGGGGAGGGCCAAUAUCAACCAUGUCUGCCUCCUGUAGCCGCUGAAGUGCUAAGAACGGCGUACGAGAGGCAUCGCCGUGGACUCAUGUCGCCUUACAUGUAUCAGCUCUUGACUCAGGGAGAAAUUCGCUUACCAGUUGUUCUGGAAGAUCAGUGCCAUCGCGAAGUUCCCAAUAUACAGCUGUUCUAUCGGCCUGUUCGCCAGAUGGUUUAUGCUAUUUUGUUUAAUCUUCACCACCACACCUUCCUGGCUGAAAAGCAACGUGAACAACCUCACGAGAAAACGGAAGCCAGUAUGUUUUACAUCGAGUACAAACGUGACGAGGAAUUAAAUACUAAUGUUACUAUUAUAGAUGGAGUUGCCAAUGGUUCGUCGACAGCCAGUGUUUCAGCGUCUACCGGUAGCUAUGUGCCUCCCCAGUCGUUGAACGGUUCGGGUUCCGUCAAUCAGUCAAAUCCGCUCAUACCUGAAAUCAAAAUCCGAGAGUGGGUGUGGACAGCGGCCAACCCUUAUCGUCAUCCAGAAAUUGUUGUCGCCGCUGCAGUUGGCUGGCCCGUUCCUACUGUUCAUCGCCUUUGGUUUGGAACGUCCAUGGAUGAUAAAAAGAGACGGUUAAGAGCUUUCUUAUCUUGUCUACAUGCCGAUACUGUUUUAAUGUUGAAUCCGGAGUAUGUCCCUCAGCAUUUACUGAUAUUAGCAUGUGUGCUGAGGUAUAUAAUGGCUGCCUCACAAGGAACAAUUCUUCAAAAACAAGAAUUAGAUGCUUUAAUCGUACAAGCUUUUGCAAUGGAAAUUACAAAUCCAAAUUAUCUGCAAGAUCUCCAGCUUACGAAGGUGAGUGCACGUGGCGUUCAGCUAGCAACCUUGGUAAUGGAAGGCGUCGAGACGGCCUUGCUCGUGAACGAUGCGUGUGGGUCCCCCGUCCCUUGGCCAGUCUGCUGCCCUUGGCUCUUCUUUGAUGGAAAACUAUUCCAUACUAAACUUAGCCGAACGCAAUCCGUCAGAGACCUCCACGAACUGUGCGAACACCGUGGAGAUCUCAUCAUGAAAGUGGAGAAACUACGCAAGGCCAUCCUGGACGGGCUAGUACUCACUCCGCUUCCACCCCGUCCUCCAGCACUGGCUCAGAUGCACGAUCCAGCUUGGGCGUCUCGCGAUUUCUUGAAUGGUCCAUUCAAUAUCAAUCUGCCAGGUGGAUUAAAACGUGGUGGCCAACGGCGUGGCGUGGCUAGAGGUGGUCAACUUGAAGUCGCUGGCGUGGUGGUGAGUUCAUGGGUGCCUAACUAUGGCGGUCCUCGCGGACGUGGUCAUAUGGGACCCGCAGCUGGACGUGGUGGGGGUGUAGUACCCACUCAGAAUCCAUCUCAGAGAAAUGGACACGUCCAUUACUCCACUCGGGGUGGAAGGGCGGCGCGCGGUGGCCGAAGAGGUGGGCAUCAGGCAACUCAACGAAAGCAGACGUCUGCCGCUUCAGCGAAUACGCCGGCCGCAUCUCAAAGCAAUGGGAAAGCGAGUGUGAAUAGCAACGAAAGCAGCGACACCAACCGGUGA